AUGUUCCUGUUGAUGGUGUUUGCCCUGGUGAUUGCGGUUUUUAUUGCCGUGUCACCGGCCGCGCAGGCCCUUCGCAUGAAAAUUGGAUCCUACAUCAGUGGUGUGCAGUUUAUGAUGGUUGCCGACGACCUUCCGAAAUCGUUUACCGGGAGUAACCACAUGCAGAUGAAGGCACCGGCAACAGAGGGAUCCAAACGUGUCAUCCGAGUAGUGUUUAUUCGGCAUGGGCAGUCCGUUUGGAAUUCCUUAUUUAACUCCUUUGGAGCCUUAUGGCCUUUACGUCUGGUGAAGGCGUUUGUUCGUGAAACGAUUUAUCUUUUUAUGGAUCCAUUUGACUCUGUUAUCAUCGAUUCUCCACUAAGUUCCAAAGGAAGCUUGGAAGCAGAGGAAUUGGCCCAGUUCAUACGUACAUCCAAGGGUAAGAUAUCGUUUGACACAAACACAUCACUUGUAGUUUGCAGCAACCUGCGACGGGCGAUGGAAACUGCAGUUGUUGGCAUGAGACCUCGUAUCUCUUCUACACGGGAAAGAAUUCUGGUGGACUCUUCGCUACAAGAGGGUUCCCGUAACAUAGACGCACAGACACUUUCCACGGAGCGCGGGAAACUUGUUCCUUGUAAAAUGGGCAAGUUGAAUUUCUCGGAGCAGCUCGGUACAGUUUUUGAUGCUCAUCUGAAUGCCGGUAACAAAACCUCGAAAAUCAAUGUAUACGGGCGAAUGGAUGAAUUUGUUCGCCACCUAUUCGAUGGGUCUCAGCCGGACUCAUAUACGCCAGCCACAUCUUCAGCACUCGGCAAUGCAGAACUGAAGGAGGUCAUUGUGAUAGGGCAUAGCAGCUAUUUUCGUUGUUUUUUUUGCCGAUUUUUGCCGUCAUCAUCCCAGCAUAUUGCGAAGAAAAAGAAGCUACGUAACUGUGGAGUUGUCGCCUUUGACCUUCUUCGCAACGAGUUCACCAAUGAAAUAUUUAUCGAUGAGUCAUCAAUCACCGUACUUCACAGGGGUUUCUGA